CAGAACUGUGGUGAGUGUGGACGGCAGGACGCCUCACGCUAAACGAACACACGCCACACAAGAUUUGAUUGACAGAACAUCCUCCUUCUCGUGUGUGCAAGUGAAGGAUGCUCAGGGUGUGUUGUUAGACGUGAGGGUUUUGCUACAGUGAUGUAUGGAGAACUGAUAUGUAGCUGAAGAGGAACAGAAUAAUCCAUCAUCCACCAUCAUGAAGAAAGACAGAGAUUUUCAGAAAUCAUACAAAUUAUCUCACCAGAUUCUGAGUUUAACAGGAAUCAACUUCACAAGACAGACUGUGAUUGGUUUUACAGAACUCACACUAAUUCCAAAAGACAGUUUUCGCUACAUCUGGCUGAACUGCAAGCAAUGCUGUGUAUAUCGUGUUACUCUAAAUGAUUCCCUGGAGGUGCAGUUCCAGUAUUUUGAUCCCUUCCUGGAAGUAUGUCCACAAGAGUCAAAGCAGAGAAAUCUAGAAUACUUCAACAAGAGCCAAACAACUGGGGCUUUCUCUGUGGAUCCAGAAAUAGGAAGAGGUGAAUUGGUGAUAAUUGUACCGUCAGAAGCUCAGCACAUGAUACAGGAAGGCAAGCCUCUCAGGGUUGGAGUCGAGUUUUCCUUGGAAAAGCCUCAGUCUGGUCUACAUUUUGUUGUUCCAAGCACUGAAGGAACACUAGGAGAGAAAGCUGCACAUCUCUUCACCUAUGGCCAUGAGAACAGUGCUCGGUUAUGGUUUCCAUGUAUUGACACAUGGAGUGAGGUGUGCACCUGGCGCCUGGAAUUCACUGUGGAUGAUUUUAUGACUGCUGUGAGCUGUGGAGACUUGGUGGAAGUAGUGUAUACCCAGGAUAUGAGGAGGAAGACAUUUCAUUAUUGCCUCACUACUCCAACGUGUGCACCAAAUAUUGCAUUAGCUGUGGGGCCCUUUGAGAUCUAUGUGGAUCCCUUUAUGAAUGAAAUCACACACUUUUGUCUUCCUCAACUGCUUCCCUUGAUGAAGGUGACAAGUAAAUUCCUACAUGAAGGAUUUGAGUUUUAUGAGGAGCUUCUUUCCACAAGGUAUCCAUAUUCAUGCUACAAGCAAGUGUAUGUCGAUGAAGCCUACAGUGACCUACAUUCAUAUGCCACCAUGAGCAUUCUUGAUGUGAAUCUUCUGUGCAGUAACAGGAUUAUUGAUCAAGUGUAUCAAACAAGGAAAACUAUGGCACUCUGUGUAGCUCAGCAGUUCUUUGGGUGUUUUCUUUCCCGCCAAGCCUGGUCUGAUGCCUGGCUCACUACCGGCAUUGCUCACUAUCUCAUGAGUCUAUAUGUCAAGAAGCAUUUUGGGUUCAAUGAAUACAAGGAUUGGAUACAUAGUGAAUUACAAGAGAUCAUAGAAUAUGAGGAACGUUUUGGUGGUAUUGUUCUUGAUCCAAGCUCCUCACCAAAUGAGCCUCAGAAUGGACCAAAUGUUCCAUCCUCCACAAACAGUAGCAAUAAGGAUACCUUUUACUUCUCUGUCAAGAACCCACAUGCAUGCUCACCUCAUUAUAUCAGUGUGUAUUACAAGAAAGCUCAUCUGGUAAUACGAAUGUUAGAAUUUCGUAUUGGACAAGAGUUAAUGAUGCAGGUAUUCAACAAGCACCUAUCUUUGGCACUGAUUGCAGUGGCUAACAAGGGUCAUCCUGCUGGUUGGUCUCACAUGCUCAUAUCGACAGAAACAUUUACAAAGGCAAUCUUCACUGUGACUGGAAAAGACAUUACUGUGUUCUGUGACCAGUGGGUGCGUCAGGGUGGACAUGCCAAGUUCAACAUGAAGUUCCUUUUUAAUCGUAAAAGGAACAUCGUUGAGAUGACCAUAGAACAAGGCUACAUUGGUGAGCUUGGGAUCCGCCGCUAUGUAGGACCCCUUGUUGUGUGGAUACAGGAGCUUGAUGGCACCUUCAAACAUACACUCCAAAUUGAACACCAGGUCUCAAAGAAAGAAAUUGUAUGUCAUUCAAAAUCUCGCCGAAACAAGAAGAAAAAGAUCCCUCUGUGUACUGGAGAAGAAGUUGACAUGGACCUCAGUCACCUGGAUGCAGACUCUCCUGUGUUGUGGCUGCGUCUGGACCCGGACAUGACGAUGAUGAGAGCUGUGGAGGUGGAGCAGCCAGACAACCAGUGGCAGUACCAGUUGAGGCAUGAAAGGGAUGUGACUGCUCAAACGGAAGCCAUCAAUGCUCUUCACCGGUUAGCUAGACAAGGUGCAGUCACAACAGAAAUGCGAAAUACACUUAAUGCAGUUCUAGAAAAUGAGCAGUGCUUCUACAAGAUUCGGUGCAGAGCAGCCCGCUGCCUGACACAAGUGGCCAAUGCCAUGGUGGCAAAUUGGAAUGGUCCUCCUGCCAUGAUGCAGAUCUUCAGGAAAAUGUUUGGAUCCUUCUCAUGUCCAAACAUAAUUAGACAACAUGACUUCACAAGCCUCCAAAAUUACUAUAUUCUGAAGACAUUACCAGUUGCCAUGGCUGGCCUACGUAACACCCACAAGUCCUGCCCACCUGAGGUGCUUGGUUUCCUGAUGGAUCUCUUUAAGUAUAGUGACAAUUCUAAGAACCGCUACUCUGAUAACUACUACAGAGCAGCAUUAGUAGAGGCCCUUGCUGCAGCCAUCUCUUCAGCUCCUGUGCAACAUGAUCCAGCCACAAUCACUUCUGAUACUCUUAAUGAUAAUACAAGAAGAAUUCUGACUGAGGUGACAAGGUAUCUGAACCUUGAGAAACAACUGCCAUGCUACAAGUACACAGUGACAGCCUCAUGUCUGCAUGCUAUCCGUGUCCUGCAGAAGAAUGGUCACCUGCCAACAAAAUCUGAUAUCUUCAAGGCUUAUGCUGCCUACCCACAGUACAUAGAUGUUCGAGUGUCAGCGGUGAAACAGCUUGUGGACAUACUGUCUAAUGAUGGGAACCGAGAGGAUAUGGAUUAUUUAUUGACUCUGGCAGAGUCAGAUCCUGUUCCUCGUAUUCGCUACCUUACUCUUGUCUGUCUGGCCAAGAAUCCUCCUUUUAUAAUGGGCCAGAGCCACAAGCUGGAUAAUGAACACCUUGUGGAGCGCUUAUGGAGUAUAAUGAAUUCUGGACAAGCAUGUGACUCAAGAGUGCGUUGUGCUGUGAUGGAUCUGUACUAUGCCAUGUAUGGACGCCGUAGGCCUGCCUGCAUUCCUGCCUCUGAACCUGCACUUGUUCUUAAUCUUCGUAAGCCACCUCAUCCUCCUAUCCAGCCACCACCAACAAUUCAGAUCAAGGAAGAAGAAAAUAAUCCUCCAGUUAUAAAGAAGGAGCCUCCUCCACCUCCCCCUCCACCUCCUCCACCUCCUCCUCCUCCUCCUCUUGAAGAUUCAUUUGGUCCUGACAUUGAAAUGAAACAUGAAAUUCCUGAAAUGCCUGUAGAGGUUGUCUGUGUGGAAGAUGUGAAGCCAAGAAUAAAGGAUGAGGUAGAAGUCUUUGAAGAAAUUAUUGAUCAGACUCCAAGUGUGACUCCAAGCAUUGAAGGUGAUAUGUCUGAGUCCACCACAUCUCUCCCUGGUGACAGUCAUGAUGCGCAGGCAACACCAACAGCUUUUGAACCUGACCUCUUCCGCACUGGAAGUGCAGAUUCCCACGGCAAAACUCACAAGAGUAAAAAGAAGAAAAAGGAUAAGAAACAUAAGAAACACAAGAAACAUAAACAUGAACAUAAGGACAAGCUUGAUAAACUUGACAAGUUCAUUCAAGAAGAAAAUCUCAGUUCAGGGUCUUCUAACCCUCCAAGUCCUGCUUCCCCAGGCAGCAUGGGAGGGAGUGUCUCCAACAGCAUGGCAAGCAACAUGUCUUUCUGAGCCCAGGUUUAUGUUCGGAUGUGACUUGGCACAAACAAAUCAAAAGUAUUUACUUGCAGUUUUUUUCUUCCCUCCGUAAAUAAAUUGCAGUAACUCAUUGCAAGAAUAAUAUUUCUGUAAUGUAACAGUGUGUGAAAAAAUGUAAUUUUAUUCACUGUAGUCAUGAUCCCACAGAAUAGAACACAUUUUCUAAUGCUAUUCUGCAUUAUUGAAUAACGGCACAAUUUUGCCCAAAAUUAGAGUCAUGUAUUAAUGCAUUAUGCUGUAGUUGACAUAGCUAAUGAAUUCAUAAUACUCAAAAAACUAUAGGAAGUUAACAGAAGAUCCUUGAAAGUAUUCAACCACCUGAAAUACUGUGUUGCCUUGAAUUUAUAUCCGUCAUUUCAGUACAAGUUCCUUCUAUUUGGUUGGUGACACUUAGGGACCAGUUUUCUUUCAUGCUUUAACCACUGGUGUGAAGGCAAAAGAUGUAAUUGUUAGAAUUCAAAAUUGGCCUAUUAGUUGCCAGAAAAUUCAGUUAAUUAUGGCAAAUGUAAAUUAAUCACCAGUGCAUUAGUCACUCAAAUAUUCACUUUAUCAUAAUCAUCAUCUCAUUUAACUCGGAUAGAAAGAGAGAGGAAAGAAAAUUACCAAAAUUUACUCUUAUUUGAAAUUUGGUAAACAGAUAUCAUCUUUCACUGUUUAAUAUGUUCAUAUUUUAAGCUCACAAUGGAGAAAUUAAUUAAAAAAUUCUUUAACACACCUUGGCGGCCAGAACAUCUUGCAAGUAAAGACGAGUUCCGACUAAGUUGGUAAUGGGAUAAUUAUGAUUUUACUACAACUUUUGAUGAAAUUCUAAGGCCUUUAUUUUGGUCAAAGGAUUUAUGGAAAUGUUGCAUAAUAGUUAGCUAAGAUUUCCAUGGAAACAGGCAGCCAAGACAUGUAUGUAAAGUUUAACAUAAUCUUUAACAUAUAGUAUACGUCAUUUUGAUCCGAUCUUUUCAAUAUCUUUCUAAUUAAAAAUGUGUUUGACAUAAAAUGUACAAAGUAUUAAAUUUCAUGAUUCAUGUAUUCAUUGAAAAUUCUCAAUGUAGAAUACUGAACCUACUAUGUAUUUUAGAAUAGCAAGUAUGUGUUGAACAUAAAACAGUACCUGUUUUAGACAGCUGAUGUGUGGGUUGAAGUAGUGAGAAAUAUGUUCAAUGGUUUCAGCAAUUCCAUAUUGUGAAAAUAAAUAAUAUAUCCAGAGUAUAAUUUUCAUAAAAAAAAUUAUGGUUGAGAUUAGACUAACAUUUUUAUAUUGAAUAUUUAUAUAAUAGAUACUUUAAAAAUAAA